UUACCGUGUAGUUCCGAAUCGGUACUUCCGAUUUAAAUAAGAAAUAAUUAGGCUGUGGUGUGAUUGAAAACAAUGAUUCGAUCAGUCUUAAUCGAUUUAAGCGGCACCUUACAUAUUGACAAUCAUGUAAUACCAGGUUCUGUUGAGGCUCUCAAAAGAUUGAUGAACACAAAUCUCCGAAUAAAAUUCGUGACGAACACAACAAAAGAGAGCAAACGUAUUUUACACGAGCGUUUAACGAAUCUCGGUUUUGGAGUCAACAAAAAUGACAUAAUUAGUUCUUUGGGUGCUGCCAAAAUAUUACUUGAGAAGCGCAAAUUAAAGCCUAUGUUGAUGUUGUCGCCUGAAGCAAAAGAGGACUUUGCGGAUAUCGAAUGUCCAGUUGGUGCUAGACCUGAUGCCGUUGUUAUUGGUCUUGCACCCACAGAAUUCUAUUAUGAGAAACUAACGGAAACUUUCAGACACAUAAACAAUGGAUCAAAAUUGAUAGCAAUACAUUCGGGAAAAUAUUAUAAAAGGAGUGAUGGUUUAGCUUUAGGGCCUGGGUUUUUUGUUAAGGGCUUAGAAUACUCUUGUCAAGUUACUGCUGAACUUGUAGGAAAACCUAGUAAAACCUUCUUUCUCUCUGCUUUGGAUGAUGUUGAUCCAGAACAUGCAAUCAUGAUUGGUGAUGAUGUUACAGAUGAUAUUGAAGGUGCCAUGAAUGCUGGUUUACAAGGAAUUUUAGUCAAGACUGGAAAAUAUCAGGAAGGCGACGAAAAUAAAAUAAAACCACCUCCUAGUUAUGUUGCUCAAGAUUUUGCAGAGGCAGUAGAAAUUAUAUUGCAACAAAUUUCUAAAAAUGCGUAGAACAUUUAUUAUAUAAUACUGAUAUAAUAUAUAAAUAACUUAAUAAAUUAUUAAAUAGCUAUAUAAAAAAUAUAUACUUGAUACACAGUCAAA